AUUAGAACGAAUUUGAAAUUUACUAUUAGUCUAGGUUCAGAAUACCUUGUUGAAUUAUGAUCAGAAAAUUGAUAGAUGUUUGUUUAUCUUAUAAAAACAUUCAGAUAUUUCUACUAGUGAUAACAGUGUCUUCCGAUGCUCAAAGAACCAGGAGGAGAAAGAAUAACCGAAGAAAUGAUAAUCUAGUUUUUGUGGCUAAACCAGAGAAUUCAACAGAACACAUAAUAAGGUGUGGGAAGCCUGGUACUAAUGGUGAGGUAUGCUUAACAGGACAAAUAUGUGUUGCAGAUGUAAAGAGAUGUAAAGGGUUAAAGGCUGAAUGUGAACCAGUUGGAAACUCUUGUUGCGGAGAUAGAAGAACUGUUGGAAAAAAAUGCAAGGAGGGUGGUCGAUGUGUGCGCUUUUUUGAUGGUGUAUCAGAAUGUGUUGGAGCAAAAACUACAAUAACUACAACAACAACAACCACUACAACUACAACAACUACCCCGUCAUGUAUCCAGUUAUGUACUGCAUAUGUUCAAAGCGGCUUUAAGGGUCCAAGACCACCUCAGAACUGCUUAAACCGUGGAGAGAAUAACUAUAAAGAAUAUAAGGGAGAUAGCCUGUAUGAAGAAGGAGGAGAUAGCCUGUAUGAAGGAGGAGUUUGUAAUUCUUUUGAGUGAAAAUUGUAAUAAAUUGGGUUUUCUAAAAAAUAA